GUGGUCAGAACAAACCACCACCACUGCUGCAGACCGACGCUGAAUCCACAAGCAGAGAUUUUUGCUUCAAGAUGUGGCUCCUGAUUGUCUUAGCCUGGGUGGUUAUUUGGGCCGGUGGUACUUACUGGUACCUGUUUGGUAAAAAGAGCCCGUUUUCCCUGGAGUCGGUGAGACCGCCUGGGCCUCGAGAGUUUGAUCAGAAGAAGCGCGACAAAGUCAUCAAGCAAGGUUUUAGUGUUGACAAAGUGCCCCAGAACCUGGACGUGAUUGUCAUCGGCAGCGGUAUCGGUGGGCUGACAGCUGGAGCCACGCUGGCCAAAGCAGGGAAGAAAGUUCUGGUUCUGGAGCAACACGACCAGGCUGGAGGCUGCUGCCACACAUACAUCGAGAAAGGCUUCGAGUUCGAUGUUGGGCUUCACUACAUUGGUCAGGUCCAUGAGAACAGUCUGUUACGAAUCGCCUUUGACCAGAUCUCUGAGGGCCAGCUGGAGUUUCAGGAGCUACAUCAACAUUUUGACACCAUCCAGAUCGGCCUGGGCGAUGAAAAACGAGAGUACACCAUCUUCUCUGGUAAAACCGAGAUGAAAGCCCACCUGCUGAAGCAAUUCCCCAACGACACAGAAGCCAUCGAGAAGUUCUUCAAAAUCAUGAAGAUCUCAGCUAAGAAGACUCACUAUCUGGCAACCCUGAAGCUGAUCCCACAGUGGGUGUCUUUGUUCCUUCUAAAAUCAGGCAUCGCAAACCUCAUCUCCCCAGUUUUCAGGCUCUCUGGCACAAAUGCAACAGAUCUGGCAAACACGUUGACCAGCAACAAGGACCUCCAGGUCAUCUUUUCUUAUCUUUUCUAUGGUGUGCCUCCAAAAGAGUCCAGUAUUCUGAUCAAUGCCCUCCUGGUUCAUCACUACAAACGAGGAGCCUACUACCCUAAAGGUGGAGCCAGUGAGAUCGCUUUCCACAUCAUCCGCACCAUUCAGAAAUAUGGAGGGAACUGCCUCGUCAGAGCUCCCGUCUCCCAGAUCCUGGUUAAUGACAAGGGAGCAGCUUAUGGUGUGAAGGUGAGGAAAGGUCAAGAUGAAGUGGAGGUUCAUGCUUCCGUGGUUGUAUCAAACUGUGGCAUCUUCACCACCUUCCAGAAGCUUCUUCCCCCUGAGAUUCAGGUCAAACAUGACGUUCAGGAAAGACUGAACAUGAUGAAACACGGCAGAGGAUCAUUCUUGGUCUUCUCUGGCUUUGAUGGAACUGCAGAGGACUUGGGUCUGGUGUCCACUAACUUCUGGCUCUUCAAGAACAAUGACAUGGACCAGUCGAUGGACAGUUUCUUUGCAUUGAGCAAAGAGGACGCGCCUGAUAACAUCCCCAUGAUGUUCAUCACAAUCCCAUCCUCCAAGGACCCUGAAGCCAAAAUCAGACAUCCUGGAAAGUCUUGCAUGACCAUACUGACCAUGGUUAAGUAUGAAUGGUUUGAAGAGUGGAAGGAUACGACUGUGCGCAAGAGGGGUGAUGAAUACCACAGCUACAAAAUGAGAUUUGCCAAGAAUCUCUUUGACUGGGCCUGCACCAUAUUCCCUAAAAUCAAAGACAAGCUGGUUUUCCAGGAUGUGGCGACCCCACUGACCAACAUGCACUACCUGGGUGCUCAGCGUGGAGCCAUGUACUCCGCUGAGCACAACCUGGAGCGUUUCCAUGCCGAGGCAGUGGCCAGGAACAGGUGCAACACCCCCAUCAAAAACCUCUACAUCUCAGGCCAGGAUGUGUUCAGCUGUGGGAUAGCAGGAGCUCUACAUGGAGGACUCCUCUGUGCCUCGACGGUGUUGGAUCACAUCGUCUACAUCGACUUGCUCCUCCUCAAGAAGAAGCUGAAGAGGAGGAAAGCCAAAGAGCUGGCCGAGCUGGCAAAGAAGAAGCUGCAGUGAGAGCGUUCUCUACGCCCCCUACAGAACAACAGUGACACUGCACAAAAUCAGAGCAAAAGGGUCCUUGAUUGUUGUGGGAAUCUUGAAGGAACACUAAACCACAGUAUCCUUGCUCCACCCUGUAUGGCUCUAAUAUUAAAAAGUCUACACAUGCUAAUGCACACAGUGCAUUUUCUGACAGUUACAAGAAACAGAUGUGAUGUUCUGCUGGUACUAAUUACAGAAACUGCUGGUUCACUGGUCUACAGUCAGUAUUUCUGCAUCAUUUUUUGUUGCAUCAUUUUAGUUUAUGUCUAUGUGAAUUAUCUCACACGUAAAUAUGCUAAAGAGCUAGCAUGGAGCAAAAGACCCCCAGAUAUGUACGGAUGAUUUAGGUUUUGGUCAUUGUUUUGACUUUAACAUGUAAAAUUUGUAAAAUCGCAGUAUUAUAGUAUUGGAACUGAUAUUUUUUGCAGAUGUGGGAAUGUUUUAGCGGGGUUAGUGCUGGGUCACUUUGCUUGUUUUCAGUGUUUCUAAAAUUUUACAGGUUCAUCUUAAAAAUUUCAGUUUAAUUCAGUUAAAUAAAGCUUUAUUUUUCCAUUAGGGAAAUUAGGCUAUAGGUUAAAAACAGACAUGAAAAUAAAAACACAGAUAGUUCCAAAUGCUUCCAAAUAGUGGAACUGUAACAAUAAAAGUAAAGAAACAUAAAAAUAAAAAACACAAAGUGCUUAAAUGAUCACAUUGCACAAAAUCCUGACUGUAGUUAGCUUUACCAAGAUGACCAUAUUCAUUGCUUACUGUACAGUCUACUAUUUUAGGGAAAAUACAAUGUGUGUGUAUAGCUUCUUAUUAUGAUUGUGUGCAUGUAGACAUAAAGCAUUUAGAAAAGUUUUCUUUAUUUUGUCUUAUUUACUUUUAAAUGGCAAAUGCUAUUUUUCCAUUCUUGUACCUAGUUUUAAUGUGCUCUUUAACUCAGUUGUACUGUGGGUGCUAACUUAUUGUAUUAUGUUUACUUAACCUAAUGUUAUCUCAAUUUAAGGUAAAGUUAAGAAAUGUAAACAAGUGUUUAAUCAUCACUACAAUGACAUGAAACAAACUGUGGGAGUCUUUAUGAUCUUCAUUCUUUUUUAAUGUUGUUUUUGCUUUCUGUAAAACUGAUCUUUUUUUCUGUACAUCUGUAUACCAAAGAAACUUUUAAUUUUAAAUGUAGAAAAGUUAAGUUACUUUGGCUAAAAGUCAGAAAAAUACUAUGAUCUGCUUGUGAAGUCACUGUGAAAUGAUAUUAAAUAAUGUCCAAGAUAUUAACCUUCAUGUCAUCCUGCAGGGCAAAACUGACCCAUUUAAAAUUUGAAAAUAAAUAUAUUUUCACAGUGAAAACUUCCA